ACUUUCCCCCCCGGCGGCGGCGAGGUACCAGUGGCCGCCGAGGCGAGCGCUGCCGGCAUGGGCCCCGACACGCUGCAGCUCGGCACUUAUGGCGGGGCAGCUGCCGCCGCUCUGCUCCUCUGGGCCGUGUGCCUGCUCUGCAGGAGGAAAAGGAAGUCUGGAGAGCCCCCACUAAUAAAUGGCUGGAUUCCUUACCUUGGGAAGGCCCUGAUUUUUAGAAAAGAUGCUUUCAAAUUCUUACUGGAUCAGCAAAAGAAACUUGGAGAUAUUUUCACUGUACAUAUUGCUGGUAGAUAUAUUACUUUUAUCAUGGACCCAUUUCAAUAUGUCUAUGUCAUCCGAAAUAGCAAGCAACUUGAAUUUUAUGAAUUCGCUGAUAAAAUGGCUUCCAAAACUUUUGACUACCCAGCUUUGUCAAAAGGAAAAUUCCCUGAUCUCAAGGAAAACCUGCACAGAAUCUACCAGUAUCUGCAAGGCAAGCCUUUGGAUAUCAUUUCUGACCACAUGAUGAAAAAUCUCCAGGAUAUAUUUGAAUGGAAAUGCUCACAAGCAACAGAUUGGGAAACAGAAAAAAUGUACAAAUUCUGCUGCUCUGUAAUGUUUGAAGCCAGUUUUGUAACACUGUAUGGAAGAGUUCCUGCUGCAGAUGGCCACAAAGUUAUUAGUGAAAUCAGAGACAAAUUUAUCAAGUUUGAUGCCAGCUUUCCCUAUUUAGCUGCAAACAUACCAAUUGAGUUGCUAGGAGCUACCAAGAAGGUUCGGAAGGAGCUUAUACAUCAUUUUUUACUUCAGAACAUGACAAAAUGGCUGGGAGGGUCAAAAGUGGUCCAAGCCAGACAAGAUAUAUUUGAGAAAUAUGAGCUGCUUGGAGAUUAUGACAAAGCAGCACAUCAUUUUGCCUUCCUGUGGGCCUCUGUGGGAAACACGAUUCCAGCUACAUUCUGGGCCAUGUAUUAUCUUCUGCGGCACCCAGAAGCUCUUGCAGCGGUGCGUGACGAGAUUGACCAUUUGCUGCAGUCAACAGGUCAAAAGAGAGGGCCCACAUAUAACAUCCACCUCACCAGAGAACAAUUGGACAACCUGGUCUACCUAGAGAGUGCCUUAAACGAGAGUUUACGAAUGUGCUCAUCCUCCAUGAACAUUCGCAUCAGCCAGGAGGAUUUUGUUCUCAAGCUUGAAGGGAAUCAAGAAGUCGGUUUGAGGAAAGGAGACUGGAUAGCUCUUUACCCACAGAUUUUGCACAUGGACCCUGAGGUCUAUGAAGAUCCUAAGGAGUAUAAGUUUGAUCGAUACAUAGAGAAUGGCAAGAAGAAAACCACAUUCUACAAGGCAGGAAGAAAACUAAAGUAUUUCCUAAUGCCCUUUGGCUCUGGGAUCAGCAUGUGUCCAGGGAGGUUCCUUGCAAUGAAUGAGAUGAAGAUGUUUCUUUUCUUACUGUUGGCUCAUUUUGAUGUAGAACUAGUGGAAAACAAAGCUGUAAGACUUGAUAACAGUCGUAUGGGCCUUGGUAUCCUCCUGCCAGACGUCGAUAUUGACUUCCGUUACAAGCUAAGGUCCUUAAGAAAGUGAGUGGCUGCCUAUAUGCCUUCUACUAAUCUCCAUGUUUGCUCUGUUUUAUCACUCGGCUUUGUAUUUUUGGAAGCAUUUGCUUUUCCCUCUCUGCUUUUACCUCCUUCCUAUUUGUUUCUAAGGAGAAAAGCGCUUUGGCUGGAAGUAGAUACCAGAUGCAGGGACAUGCAACCUCAUUUUGUCCUGCCUGAGUCAUGAGUACUAAGCUGAAGAGUUUGGCCAAGUAAAUAGUCCAGUAUCCCUACAAGAUGGACCCCCCAACUCUUGGCCAUGAAUUGGGUAGGCUUUACAGGGAGGAUGAUAUGAAGCUGAAUCCAGGCUGUUUAUAUGACAAAUGGGCUCAGCAGCCCUUUGUUGCAGGGAUUAGAUUGGAAGGUCCCAUACACCCACCAUCUGGAGGCAUCUCUGCAUCUGGUCAUAGAAGAAUAAUAGCAAGAAAGGGGGAACUUAAUUCUAGGGGUUGAAAGAGUUUUUAACGAUUAUUAUUCUAACUUUCUAUUUACUCUGUUCCCUUCAUGGUCUUCUGUGUCUUAGCCCUUAUUUGGGAGAUGAAAUGGAAGCUGUGUCGGGUGGCGGGGAAUGAUUUGCAAGACUGUCUUACUAGCAACACAUUUCUGACUUCAGUUUGAUGUACUGAGGGUGAAUGCUUUGCUUCUCUCUUUUUUUUCCUUUUUUUUUUUUUUGCUGCAGUGCAAAGAAAUUAAAAUCUGUGAUUUUUUCCUGCAGUCAUUUUCAGUCAGAAGGGAAGUUCUGUUGAUUUUAAUAGGAUCUGGAUCAAGCCUAAAUUAUCUGUUUCUGCUUUUGAGCCAAAAAAAGUAUAUUCUUCAAGGAGAAAAUACAAGAGCCUGUUUGAAAUAUUCUAGCAUCUCAAAAAUGACCUUCUGUUCCUCUCUCUGAUUUCCUAGUAACAUGUCCAUGUGUUUAUUUUGACCAUUUCUUGUGUUUGCUCAUUUCUCCAAGAAGGCAAAAGAAGAAGAGGGCUUCCAGAGCAAGUGUGGUAUCUAAACCUACUUUUUAAUAGUGUUUUAGUGUGCCUAAGUUAUGCAUAGUGUGACCUGUGUUUGGAAACGUACUUGUCCAUCUACAAAUUGGAAAACAGGCUCUUCCCUGUGGCCAAAGUUUGGGCAAAUGAAAACCCUGGGCAGCCACAAAAGUUACCUGUAUCCUGACUUCUGAACCUGCUUCACAGGGUGACCAGCUCUUGUUCCAAAAUUCAUUUCCUAGCAAGAUAUUUAGUCCCUGUCUCUUCCCAGCCAUCACUUCAAAGACUGAUGAGAAUUCUUGUGGCUGUCCAGUCACAAUUUGCCAAGAGGAUAAUUGUGAUGGGAGAGUAGCCAUGCCUGUGGGCCUUGCCUUGUUUUCCUAAAAAACAUAUCUCUUUGGGAUGUGCCAAUCUAAGUCUUUUAAAGUCAUAAAUUUUACUCAUCUCUAAAGCAUUUGAUGGCCUAUGGAUGGAAACUUCUGCGUACAUAGUAAGAGUGAGAAUUAUUUAUUGUUAUUUGUGUAGGAGCCUGCGUAGUUAUUCAUGUAAAGCACAUACCCUAAAUAAGCAUCAGCAUCAGUAGAAAGGCUUUCAGAGAUUGGCACAGCCACACUCUAAAUCCUCUGAGGAGAAAAUUGUAGUUUUGUGAGAUAUAUUGGAUAAACAUUUUAUCUUCAUGUAUAUUAUCAAUAAUGUCUACAGUGUUGGAGUGCGCUUACGUUAAAUGGGCUUUGCAGUUGAUUAAAUGUUUUAACUUUGCUUCAACAUUUAAUCAACAGCAAAAGCUGAUUAUUGCUUUGUGCCACAGAAUAAAAUUUGUUUCUGUGGAAAGAUUCUUGUACUCAAGUUACUUGCUCCUAUAGUUACUCUGUAGGAGCUAUUCUGUACUCAGCCAUAGCUUACAAUGCAGUCUGGACAUUAGAGCCUGCUUUAUUGAGAGAGGAAAUGUUGGUAUCAUUAUACUGCUGACUGUAUUCCAUUAUUGCUUAAGUGUAAGCUGUAAAAUGUCUCAUGCCACAGUUUUCAUAAAUCUUUCUUUGGCACUUUGAAACAAACCUGAAGCAACUGCAAAAAUAACCGUAAGUAUUAGUUUUAAACAGAAGACUUUUUAUAUAUAAUUGUAUUCUAUUUUGGGGACUUUGAAUUAGGAUAUCACAGGCCACUGCAUAAUUUGGUAGGACAUAGUAGGUCUGUGCCAAAAGUAUGUGCAAAUCAUUAGUAAUUUUGGAUUAAUUGCUGAUCAGUUUGUCUAGUAUCUAUUUGGAAAUUAGAAGAGCUAGAUUGUCUCCAAAAUAGUCAAUUAAAUCUGUAGGGCAUGCAUCCAUUUAAAAAAGAAUUAAAGGGUCAGAGUGUUUCCCAGGAGCUGCAGGAAACCUCCAUGAAGGCACUUGAAGGGCUUGCAUGGAGUUGGAGAGCACUCCUUGCACCACACAAAAGGCCAGCAUUGCACUGGAUGAGAGUGAAUUGCUCUUUUUGCUUAGGAACCAAAAUAAUCAAAUAUAAAGCAGGGCCUACCUGGUUUGUCCUGAAACUGUGUCCCUGGUAACUCGUACUCCUGGUAGAUUAGUUUUACUGGUAAGUAAUGUAUCACUACCUUAGCAUACCCCAGCUGCAGAGGAAGUAGUCCUCACCCCCAUAUACAGUCAUGAGAGCAUGUCUGAGGACAGAGGAAAAGCCCUUCUGGUCCAUGUACUCCUUAGCUGAGGAGGUGACUUUCUGAGUCAGCAGCUCCUCUGACCGGGAGUGACUUGGUCUUUGUGGAGCAGGGAGUGAAAGGCCCAUGAUGUCAACAAACUGCAGCAGUGCAAGAGGAUGAGGGUACACCAUUCCUGGAAGUCCCAGCUGGAGCCAUGACAACAGCAUGUUUUAUGACAUAGGACACAAUGCAGUUUUUGAUGAUCUCUGCUGCCACAGAACCCAGGAGUGACCAGCUCUUAGUAUCUGUCAAAGGGCCAUGAAGACAGCAAAGUCAUUGAUGCAGAAACAGCAGUCCUGUUUACAGGCAUUCAGGUGCCAGUGGUGCUGCAGGAGUGAGUGGUGGGAGACAGCAGACCUUGCGCCUCCCUUGUCCAUGUCCCUCCUCUCCCCUUCAGCAGGAGGGUCUGCCCUGCAAGCCCAGUAGUGCCUGCUCAUCUCACCAGAUGGGUGUAGGGUCAGCUAGGAGGAGUGCACGGGUGCCCCUGGAAUCUCUCUGUUGUUUCUCUAGUGAAACAGUGCACUUGUCAGUCUGAGAUAUGACUUGUUUGGUCAGUACGAGCCUCCGACUGUAAGUUGUCCCUGCCUAUGGUUAUAUUGAUAGUAUAUUCUGCUAUAAAAAAGAAUGAAUCAACUUUUUCUCAUUUAAAAUAGAUUUAUUAAGUCAAUAUGACCCUUUACAGCACCUGAGAAAAGUGAAUUCAUUGUAAACUAAUGUGAAUGCUAAAAUGUGAUCUUUUUAUUAACAUUUUAAUUUACAGAUUAUAUGUUUUCUAUUUUCCUGCUGGCACUCAGUACUGCUAUGAGCUAUUGUAAACUUUUUAAACUGUUACAUUGCUUAAAAGACCAUGUUAGUCUACAUGUACCUGUUUGCAAAUUAAUCUCUCCCAAUAUGUCCUAAUGUGCUAAUACAAAACUGUGUAUUAAUUGUUCUUGAGUUUAUGCUUUUAAGCCAGUUGCAUGUUGGUGUUGCUAUGAAUUUCUCUUGUAGAAUUAUAAAUGAUCUUUUAUUUACUCAUUAUUGAACUUUCUGACAUUCAAAAGAUUGUGAAUUGCUCUUAGUUGUGCAAACUGACAUUCUGUAUAUAGAUGAACAAUGGUUAGGUUCUACUUUGAUAGUUAAUAUCCACCAUUAAGGCUCUUAGAUCGCAUAAGAAAUAUUGUGAAUUUCUGAGCAAGAAAAUUAAAAUUUCAUUAUUUUAGUAACCUAACAUCUUAAAUAAAUUUUGUAUUUUAAGGACAGAAUAAAAAUGAAUAUAUAUAUUUUAAUAUUGAA